GGGGUACAAAUGAUCCUAUCACCCAGGUACUUAGUAUAGUACACAACAGUUAGUUUCCCAACUCUUGUCCCCCUCCAUCCUUCCCACAUUUAGUAGUCCCCAGUGUCUACUGUUGCCAUCUUCAUGUCCAUGAGUACCCAGUGUUUAGCUCCCAUUUAUAAGUGAGAACAUGCAGUAUUUGAUUUUCUGUUGCUGUGUUAAUUCGCUUAGGAUAAUGGCCUCCAGCUGCAUCCAUGUUACUGCAAAGAACAUGAUUUCAUUCUUUUCUAUGGCUACAUAGGAUUCCAUCAUAUAUAUUUACCACACUUUCUUUAUCCAAUCCACUGUUGAUGGGCACCUACAUUGAUUCCAUGUCGUUGCUAUUGUAAAUACUGUUGUGAUGAACAUACAGGUGCAUGUGGUUUUUUGGUAGAACAAUUUGUUUUCAUUGGAAUAUUUACCCAGUAAUGGGAUUCUUCGGUCAAAUGGUUUCUAAUAAUUUGAGAAAUCUUGAAACAGCUUUCCACACUGGCUGAACUAAUUUACAUUCUUACCAACAGUGUAUAAGCAUCUUCUUUUCUACAGAGCCUUGCCAAGAUCUGUUGUUUUUUGACUUUUUAAUAAUCACCAUUCUAACGGGUGUGAGAUGGUAUUUCAUUGUGGUUUUGAUUUGCAUUUAUCUGAUGAUUAAUGAUGAUAAGCAUUUUUUCAUAUGUUUGUUGGCUGCUUGUAUGUCUUCUUUUGAAAAGUGUCUGUUUAUGUCUUUUGCACCUUUUUAAGGGGGUUGUUUUUUGCUUGUUCAAUGUGUUUAAGUUCCUUACAGAUUUCUGGAUAUUACACCUUUGUCAGAUUCAGAGUUUGUGAAUAUUUUCUCCCAUUCUGUAGGUUGUCUGUUUACUCUGUUGAUAGUUUCUUUUGCUGUGCAGAAGCUCUUUAGUUUAAUUAGGUCUCACUUGUCAAUUUUUGUUUUUGCUGCAAUUGCUUUUGAGGACUUUGUCAUAAAUUCCCAAGGCCAAUGGUAAGAAGGGUAAUUACUAGGUUUUCUUCCAUGAUUCUUGUAGUUUGAGGUCUUACAUGUAAAUAUUUAAUCCAUCUUAAGUUUUCUACAUGUUGAAAAGUGGGGGUCCAGUUUCAUUCUUCUGCAUAUGGAUAGCCAGCUAUCCCCAAACCAUUUAUUGAAUAGGUAAUCUUUCCCUAUUCCUUAUUUUUGUUGGCUUUGUCGAAGAUUAAAUAGCUGUAAGUCUGUGGCUUUAUUUCUGGGUUCUCUAUUCUGUUCUAUCAGUCUGUGUGUCUGUUUUUUCACCAGUACCAUGCUGUUUUGGUUACUGUGGCCUUGUAGUAUAGUUUGAAGUCAGGUAAUGUGAUGCCUCCAGCUUUGUUCUUUUUGCUUAGGAUUGCUUUGGCUAUUCUGGCUCUUUUGGGGCUCCAUGUGAAUUUUAGAAUAGUUUUUUUUCCAAUUCUGAGAAAAAUAAUGUUGGUAGUUUGAGAGGAAUAGCAUUGGAUCUAUAGAUUGCUUUGGGCAGUAUGUCCAUUUUACCAAAAUUGAUUCUUCCAAUCCAUGUGCAUGAAAUGUUUUCUACUGUGUCAUCUAUGAUUUCUUUUAGCUGUGUUUUCUAGAUCUUUUUGUAGAGAUCUUCAUCCCCUUGGUUAGAUGUAUUCCUAGGUAUUUUUUUGCAGCUAUUGUAAAUGGAACUUUUUUUCAUUUAUUUACUUUAUAGAUAUGGGGUCUCACUAUAUUGCCCAGGCUGGUCUUGAACUCCUCAGCUCAAGUGAUCCUCCUGCUUUGGCCUCCCCGUGUGCUUGGAUUACUGGCAUGAGCCACCAUGCCCAGCCCUGUAAAUAUGAUUGUGUUCUUGAUUUGGCUCUCAGCUUGAAUAUCAUUGGUGUAUAUAAAUGCUACUGAUUUUGGUACAUUGAUUUUGUAUUCUGAAAUAUUACUGAAGUCAUUUAUCAGUUCCAGGAGCCUUUUGGUGGAAUCUAUAGGGUUUUCUAUGUAUAGAAUCAUAUUUUCCAUGAAGAGAGAUAGUUUGACAACUUCUUUUCCUAUUUGGUUGCCUUUUAUUUAUUUCUCUUGCCUGAUAGCUCUUGCUAGCACUUCCAGUACUGUGUUGAAUAGGAGUGGUGAAAGUGAGUAUCCUCGUCUUGUUCCAGUUUUCAAGGGAAAUGCUUCCAGUUUUUGCCCAUUCAGUACAGUGUUGGCUGUGGGUUUGUUACAGAUAUAUGGCUCAUAUUAUUUUCAGGUAUUUUCCUUUGGUAACUAGGAAAUGGUUUUUGGAGGGUUUUAUGAUAAAUGGAUGGUAUACUUUAUCAAAAGCUUUCUCUGCAGCUGUUGAGAUGAUCAUAUAUUUUAAAAUUAUUUUUAUGUGUUGAAUCACAUUUAGUGAUUUGCAUAUGUUGAAUUUUCCUUGCAUCCCAGUAAUGGCACCUACUUGAUCAUAGUGAAUUAACUUUUUGAUGUGCUGUUGAAUUUGUUUCGCUAGUAUUUUGUUGAGGACUUUUGCAUCUAUUUUCAUCAUAAGUGGCUUGAAGUUUUCUUUUUUCAUUGUGUCUUUGCCAGGUUUUGUUAUCAGGGCGAUGCUGGAUUCAUUGGAUUCACAGAAUGAGUUAGGGAGGAGUCCUUCCUCCUUGAUUUUUUUGGAAUAGUUUCAGUAGAAUUGGUAUAAGCUCUUGUAUGUCUGGUAGAAUUCAAUUGUGACUCUAUCUGAUCCAGGUCUUCUUUAGGUUGGUAAGUUUUUCACUACUUAUUCAAUUUUGGAACUUAAUGUUGGUCUGUUCAGGGUUUCAAUUUCUUCCUAAUUCGGCUUCCGGUCUUAGCUGGACCCAUCUGGGAGGUAGGUUUGUGAGCGUGAGAGAUCAACCUGUACCGCGGGCAUCCGACAUAUGCUUAUCCAGGUGGGCUGCCUCGAGCCUCAAUCCCACCCCUGCGCUGGCCUAGGAGCUCAGUUACCAGGGUCACUUUCUUCCCCAGGGUAUACUACAGACCUCCACAUGCUGGACAGUAGGAUUCAGCAGAGAAUGAGUCCCACAUCCUCUUUUCAUCCAUAAGCCACUCUUCCCAACUACUCUUCCGCCUUCCACUGUCCCUAUGUCUACUUUACUGCUCAAUCUGGAUUUUGGGGAACCUCCUCCCAAAAAGGCAUUAGAAGGAAAUGCCAAGCACCGAAAUUCUGUCAAGAAGCGGAAGCUUUUAGAAUGGAGAGGCUUUCUGAGUAAAAAGAACCAACCCCCUAGCAAGGCGCCUAAGUUGCACUCUGAAUCUCCAAAGAAAGGGGAAACUCCUAUGGUGGAUGGCACUUGGAAGACCCCUUCCUUCCCAAAAAAGAAGAAGACAGCUGCCUCCAGCAAUGGGUCAGGACAGCCCCUGGACAAGAAAGCUGCAGUGUCUUGGUUGACCCCUGCCCCUUCAAAAAAGGCUGAUUCUGUUGCUGCUAAAGUAGAUUUGCUGGGGGAGUUCCAGAGUGCCCUUCCAAAGAUCAAUAGCCACCCAACCCACUCUCAGAAGAAGAGCUCCCAGAAGAAAUCCUCUAAAAAGAACUGUCCUCAGAAGAAUGCCCCACAGAACUCCACCCAAGCUCAUUCAGAGAAUAAAUGCUCCGGAGCAUCCCAGAAGUUGCCACGGAAGAUGGUGGCAAUUGACUGUGAGAUGGUGGGCACAGGACCAAAGGGGCAUGUUAGUUCCUUGGCUCGAUGUAGCAUUGUCAACUACAACGGAGAUGUGCUUUAUGACGAGUACAUUCUUCCCCCCUGCCACAUUGUGGACUACCGAACCAGGUGGGGUGGUAUCCGGAAGCAGCACAUGGUGAAUGCCACACCCUUCAAGAUUGCUCAAGGCCAGAUCUUGAAGAUACUUGCAGGGAAGAUAGUGGUGGGGUAUGCCAUCCACAACGACUUCAAAGCCCUUCAGUACUUUCACCCCAAGUCCCUCACCCGUGACACCUCCCAUAUCCCCCCCCCCAACCAGAAGACUGACUGCCCGGAGAAUGCCACCAUAUCUCUGAAGCAUCUCACCAAGAAGCUGCUAAACUGGGAUAUCCAGGUUGGGAAGAGCGGACAUUCCUCUGUGGAAGAUGCCCAGGCCACCAUGGAGCUGUACAAGUUGGUUGAAGUCGAGUGGGAAGAGCACCUAGCCCAGAAUCCCCCUACAGACUAGUGGCAGUUGGGAUGCUGGUGAUAUGGGGAGGCAGAGGCAGUGCCCAGAGAAACAGGGCAGUGGACCAAUGGACAGCUCCACCAGCUCCACAUCUUUGGAAGCUAGAUGUGUGGGGAGAGAGAAGCUCUACCCCAGACUUAAUACCAAUUGAAAUUUCACCUCAGGUGUUGUGUCCUGUGUCUGGUUAAGUGUCCCAUGGAAGGGGGAAGCCUUCACGUCAGAACCCAGCCCUAUACUGUUUACUUCUUAAAUGGUGCUAACCACAGGUGUCCCAGGGUGCUCUGUGCCAGUUAAGAUUUUUAACUUUCAAGGGGCAAGGCAUACUGGGAAACAUAGUUUCCCAAACUGCCUUAUCACUUGGGUGGACAUAUGUCUCCUUUUAUGCCUUUUGGUCUUGAGUAAUUAACAGCAUCCUCUUCCAUGCUCAGAAGUGUUCUGGUUGGGGCCAGGCAUGGUGGCUCACGCCUGUAAUCCCAACACUUAGAGAGGCCAAGGCGGGCAGAUCACCUGAGAUCAGGAGUUCAAGACCAGCCUGGCCAACAUGGCAAAAUCCCGUUCUCUACUACAAAUACAAAAAAUUUGUGGGGUGUGGUGGCGGGCGCCUGUAAUCCUAGCUACUCGGGAGGCUGACGCAGGAGAAUCGCUUGAGCCCAGGAGGCGGAGAUUGCAGUGAGCCGAGAUCGCGUCACUGCCCUCCAGCCUGGGUGACAAGAGUAAGACUCCAUCUCCAAAAAAAAAAAAAAAGAAGUGUCCUGGUUGGUUAAUAAAUUGUGCAGUCCCUGCCGGGCACAGUGGCUCACGCCUGUAAUCCCAGCACUUUGGGAGGCCGAGGUGGGCAGAUCACGAGGUCAGGAGAUUGAGACCAUCCUGGCUAACAUGGUGAAACCCCGUCUCUACUAAAAAUACAAAAAAUUAGCUGGGUGUGGUGGCAGGCACCUGUAGUUCCAGCUACUCAGGAGGCUGAGGCAGAAGAAUGGCGUGAACCCAGGAGGUGGAGCUUGCAGUGAGCCGAGACUGUGCCACUACACUCCAGCCUGGGCCAUGGCCACAGAGUGAGACUCCGUCUCAAAAAAAAAAAAAAAAAAUUAUGUGGUCCCUUUCCAUGUCACAGAGUCUGCUUUUGGCUCAGAGUCUAUAUCUAGCCUGUGUCAGGAUAUUGCCUGUUCUUCCCACCUUGACUUCCAGGGCAGCCAUCACUGGUGAGCUUUAGUUCUUCUUAGGGUUCCAAGGCAUUAGAAGUAAGAGUGUAGUUUGGAAAUCAACUUUUGUGAUUUAGGAAAGCUGUCUCUUUCCUAAGGUAAUAGGGGGUUUAUUUCAUUUAGGCCCCAAUUGGUAGGUUUUAAAAUAAUUUAUAAAGUGUUUUAAUAAUUUGGUUGUCUUUUUUACCUUGCUAAAGCAAGCCUCUAAAAACUUAAAUUAUUCCCUUGAUAAAUUUUUAUAAUGGAAAAAAAAAUUUCUUCCUAAUUCAAUUUUAGGAGAAUGUUUGUUUCCAGGAAUGUAUCCAUUUCCUCUAGAUCUUCUAGUUUUUGCAUCUAGAGUUGUUCAUAAUAGUCUCUGAGGAUCUUUUGUAUUUACAUGGGAUUAUUCGUAAUGUCACCUUUGCCUUUUCAGAUUGUGCUUAUUUGGAUCUUCUCUCUUUUUUUCUUUG